AUGUUAAGCAUAAGAGGCAAAAAUAGGAAGACAACAAAAGGGACAGGACUUUCUAAAACAGGACUUGGUACUAGAAAUAUUGGAACUAAGAAGCAAGAUAGUUCAAAAGCUGCUAUUGAACCUAAUUGUAUUCAGGCUAGUAAAUAUGAAAGUAAUAAAUUAAUAAAUAAUGACAGCAUAAAUAGUGAAAUUAGAGAAAAUAAUAUAAUGAACCUAAAUAGUUUUCCUGUUAUAAAUAAGAAUGGAAACAACAAAAUUUCAAACAGACUUCAAGGAAGCUUAUUUAGAAAGAUUAAUGAGUUCUUGUAUACUAGUGAUAGUGAAAAAGCAUUUAGUGAAUAUAUGAAAGAUAACAAUAUGUUCGAGAACUACCACAAAGGUUAUGAAAUUCAAAAAAAAUCUUGGCCUGUAGACCCUCUAGAUAGUAUAAUUAACUACAUUUCAAAAAAUAAGCAUCUUAGGAUUAUCGGAGAUUUUGGAUGUGGGACAGGCAAGAUAGGCCAAACUUUUGGACAUAUUAAAGGAUAUAAAGUUUAUUCUUUUGACCUAAAUUGUCCCAAAGAAAUCUCUGAAAAAUAUAAUAUCACUAUUUGUAAUAUGAAAAAUAUACCUUUAAGCGGUAAAGUCUUAGAUCUAGCAGUUUUCUGCCUUAGUCUUAUGGGUACUGAUUGGCCUUUAUUCAUUAAAGAAGCAUGCAGAACUCUCAAAGAUAAUGGAAUUCUCAUCAUUGCAGAGGUAUCUUCAAGAAUUGAGGACUCCAAAUCUUUUGCUCUAAAUCUACAAAAGCAGCUCAAUCUUGAGCUUAUUCAAGAUCCUAUCAACCUUACUAACUACUUUACUCAGUUUAUAUUUAAAAAGAAACCGUUCCCCAUUUACCAACCCUCAAAUUUUCCUAAUCAUCUACAAAGUCCAACUUUUAAAAAUUUUUCGAAAAAAAAUAAAUACUACUUUUCUAACCUUAAAUACAAAUAUGGACUCAGGCUUAGAUGGAUUUACAGAAUUUCCAAAAACUUUAAAUCUUUAAAACUUGCAAAUAUGUCGAAUCAUGAUUUAUAUUGUGGAAAUCAGUUUUACAUUGACCAUAAUCUACUUAAACCUUGUGUUUAUAAGAAAAGAUAA